CACACGAGGCUGAACGGAGAACGGAGGCUGCCACCAACCACCAACCACCACCUACCACCUAUCUCCAUCAUCCUCCCUUCUCCUCCCCUUCGCAUUGAGCGGACAUUUGGCGCCAGUCCGGGCAGCGAAAGAGCUGGGAGUACCAUGUGGCUUUACGCUUCGCUGCUCUCCUCCUCCUCCUCAUAUGCAUCCUCAUGCCCGUUGUUGGUGCUGAAGUUGGUCCUCUUGGCGGUGGGCCUGCUCCCCCUGCAUGUGACGGCUCGGUUUUUGUGCGAAGGCGGACACAUCUGUUCACUGCCCCGCGACUGCUGCACCCAGGGCUGUUGUCCCGCCUACCAGGGCGGACCCCGACCAUUGCCCCCGCCCUCGGAGCACGUCCUUAAUCUCUUCUUCAUCAGCCACUGGUUCUUCUGGUGCGUCGUGGUCGCCAUCAUCUUGGCCAUACUCUGUGCGUACUCGUUGUGGAAGAAGCGCCGCACUCUGUGUGGCUGGGGCUUCAACGAGCAUCACACCCAGUCCGAGGGCGACUCGGCCGGAUCCUGCUAUGCCCCUCCGCAGUACAGUCGCUGUAAUUCGUUCCACCACCCGCCUCCACCAUAUACAGAGGUCACGUCCAAGCCGGAUCUCUAUCCUCUGGUAUUCACCUGCAACAGCGACAACGGCAAGGGCAACGGCAACGGCAGCUCCAGUUACCUCAUGGUCCAGUACUUCCGGAACUACAUUGUGCGUCCGGCUGGCUCGUUGAGCGCCGCCAGCACUGUGGACUCGCUCAGCUCCAGCUUCAUCUGCAAUGCAAACGAGGCGAACACCAUGGUUCCGCCGCCAUAUUCCCGGGCAGCCAGUCCGGAGCUGGGCCUCCACCACUACCUGGCGCAUGCCCAUGGUCAUGGCACCCGCAAUGCGGAUCAUCCGGGAGCACUACAGCUGCCGCUGGGGCCGCCACCGCUUACCGCAGCCCACCAGUAUGGUCUGCCACGCUCUGCAUCCCAGUUGGUGGAGUCGGAUAUGUACCUGCCACGUCAGACAGGGGCUAUUCAAUCCCAGUCCCGGGCACAUGCUCAAGCGCAGGCCCAAGCCCAGGCCCAACAUUAUGCUACGGUGGCCCUGGGCAGUGGCACUGGCGGUGGUGGAGCGGCCAUGUACAGUACGCGGCUGCAUGGCUCACACGAGGAGGGAGUCAGUGGCCUGGUCAGUGGUACCGGGGCUGGUGUGGGCUACCUACAGUCGCAGAGCGACCAGCACUUCCGCUAUAUGGCCAACAGCAGCAGCAGCCUCAGUGAUAUCUUCGUGAACAACAGCUGUGUGGCAGGCCUAGGUGGAGCAGUUGGCGCAGGAAUGGCCCACGGAGGAGGCCCCAGCAUUGACAGUGUAGCCGCCACACAGGCUGCUUCCCUGUGCAGCCUGGCAGUCGGAGGCGGUGGCGGCACACCGGUGAUCUUCAGCAAUGGCUGCAUCCAACCUAAUCCCCUUCACAGCCUGGAGAAUUGCUGCCAGCACUCCAGCAUGCCAGUCGGAAUGGGGGACCGGGACCCCACCUCAGGUCUGGGGCCAGUUGGCACUGCCAGCACGGCGUCGGGAGUGAGUAGUCUGGCCAACAUCGGGACACCGGUCUCACCGCCACAGGCCACCAGUCCAACCGGGGAGGUACGCGAGAUUCUCGACCAGAUUCGACAAUUGCAGGCGGGCGUCAGCUACGAACAUCUCCUGUUGAGCGGGACGGGAACGGGAGCGAAGCCACGGCUACAGCACACGCUAUCCACACCCUCAUCUUCGCAGGCCCCGCAGCCCACAGCGAUGACGACCUCUGCCUCGGGCUCCAGUGCAGUCUACGCUUCCGCCUCUGGAAAGAGUAAAAAGUUAUUUGGCUCGAACAAGGCGCCGCCACCUCCCAAUAAGGCCUUGUAUAUACCGAUGGCCGCCAUGGGACCAGGAAUGGGAAUGUCGACUGGAACAGCACAGCGCUGUUUGCUGAAGAGCCCCGUCAGCAGCGUGGUCAGUGGUGCCAGUUUCUUUGUGAACCGAGGGCGCGUGGCCCGCAAGGGCUGGAUCACGCGCUCGGCACCCACUACGCCGGGAAGCGCCUUGCCUCCCAAUCGGCUGGGCGACGAUAGCCCGCUGUUGCUCAACGAGCACGAUGAGGAUACCAUUGACGAUGACAACGAGGACUUAGACAUUGAGACGGAGACGGAGACAGAAGCUGAGGCCCAAGAUCAUCGACGACUGGCGCAUCGUCAGCCGCAUCGCCACCAUCGACAUGGGCAGCGUCGGCGGAAUGGGCAGAUUGAAUAAUAUUAAGCAAGGGCAGAAGAUCAGAGUCAGUUUGUAGAUUUUGUUGUAGCUCAAGAUUCGGUUCUCCCUAGUAUUAAGCUUUUAUACGAUUCGGGUUCGGGUUCGGAUUCAGAUACUGAUGUUGAAUCUCAUUCGGUAUCUGAGUGGGGAAAGCGCUUAGUGAAUUUUCCGGCACUGGCGGCUUGAGGUUGAAACACGCUUUUAGUCUGAAAACCGUUCAAAAUGCGGUGGGAAACCAGUAAGGAUGGAUUCCAGUAAUGAGUCCCGAAAUUAGGUGCGUUACACAUAGGUAAGGAUCUUUAAACAUCGAUAAUUUAUGACGAAACAUACGAUCGUCUGCAAGUUUCUCAGAAAAUGGUAUUUUUUCAAUAAAAAAAAAAUAUUUUUCAACAAA